AUGGCGAUGCCGGCGGGUGAGGCCGCCGGCGAUCAGCAGCGGCUGCUGCCGGUGCUGCAGGGGGACGACGACCGUGGCCAGGAGGUCGACCCAUGCGCCGGCGCAGCCCCUGACGCAACCGCCGCAGCAACCACCCCUGCACACGCUGCCGCCGUGGCCGCGCCGGCGCCCGUCUGCCCUGACGCGCCGCUUCCCUCCGACGCUGCGGCGGCGGCCGGCGGCGGCGCGCCCACGCCGCCGCCGUUCGAGACGCUGACGGCCGAGGAUUUGGAGCGCGGAUUCUCUCGGAUCGCGUCUAUGAUAUCCGACGUCCAAUCCGCAGCCGACGGCCUCGCCUUCGAC